AUGGGGAAUGGACUCUCAGACCCAACUUCCAUCCUGUCCAACCUGCUUCCAUUUCAGUCCUUUCAUAUUGUUUUUCUGGGUUUGGACUGUGCUGGCAAGACGGCGGUCUUAUACAGGUUGCAGUCCAAUGAAUUUGUAAAUACCGUGCCUACCAAAGGAUAUAAUACUGAGAAAAUUAAGGUAACCUUGGGCAAUUCCAAGACAGUUACUUUUCACCUCUGGGAUGUAGGUGGUCAAGAGAAACUAAGGCCACUGUGGAAGUCUUAUACCAGAUGCACAGAUGGCAUUGUGUUUGUGGUGGACUCUGUGGAUGUGGAAAGGAUAGAAGAAGCAAAAACUGAACUUCAUAAAAUAACUAGGAUAUCAGAAAAUCAAGACGUCCCCGUGCUUAUAGUUGCUAACAAACAAGACCUGCGGAACUCACUGUCUCUCUCAGAAGUUGAGAAAUUGUUAGCAAUGGGUCAACUGAGCUCAUCAACUCCUUGGCAUUUGAAGCCUACCUGUGCAAUUGUAGGAGAUGGACUAAAGGAAGGACUUGAAAAACCAAAUGACAUGAUAAUUAAAAGAAGAAAAAUGUUGUGGCAACAGAAAAAAAAGAGAUGA